CUGUUUGUAAAGAAUGCUGAACAAAUGUUCCUACAAAUUUCUUAGAGAAACAAAUUUUCUCAUUUUGGAGCUCUCAUAUUGUUAUUACAUAUAUAUUUUUGGUAAUUUUUAGAGAUAAAUAUUUUUUUAUUACAAAAUAGACCAAGGAAGAAAGAUUAUUUUCUAUAUAAAGUGGUAUCUUUUUCCGACUGAGAAGAUACUCGAUUUUCAGAGAUGAGAGUUUUGGGUUGCGGAAUAAUGGGUAUUAGGAAUGUGUUGUUUCUUGUAUUCAUUUGCUUUAGAAUCAAUGGUUCAGCAUCACAAAGUGAAGAUGUUGGGGCGUUGCAAGCUCUAACAUUAGACUGGGAGAAUUUACCACCAAGUUGGAAUAGUGGAGAUCCUUGCGACAGUGGAUGGGAAGGAAUUACAUGUACUAAUUCACGUAUUACUGGCAUAACAUUAGCAAAUAUGGGUUUAAAGGGUCAGCUAACUACAGAUCUUUCGAUUUUAUCAGAAUUGCAAAUUUUGGAUCUUUCAUAUAAUAAAGCGCUAAAGGGCUCUCUUCCUCAGAGUAUUGGACGCUUAUCAAAGCUAAGAAGAUUAAUCCUUCUUGGAUGUGGGUUUUCUGGCAAAAUUCCCGACUCAAUAGGAUCACUAGAGCAGCUUGUAGACCUAUCUUUGAACGAUAACAAGUUUUCUGGAGAAAUCCCGAGUUCGAUUGGUAAGUUGAGAAAACUUUAUUGGUUAGAUAUCGCUAAUAAUCAGCUUAGCGGCGACCUUCCUGUUUCAAGUGGAGACACACCUGGACUCGAUUUGCUGGUUAACACGAAGCACUUUCACUUUGGAAUGAAUCAAUUAUCUGGUACAAUACCACCUCGUCUUUUUAACUCCAACAUGACUCUAAUACAUGUGCUAUUUGACAACAAUCGCUUCACGGGAGGCAUUCCUUCCACGUUAGGCCUUGUUAGAACACUGGAGGCAGUUCGUUUAGAUAGAAAUUCGCUGAGCGGGGAUCUUCCAGAUAAUCUCAACAGCCUAACUCAUGUCAAUGAACUGUUUUUGUCCAACAAUGAACUAAGUGGUCUAUUGCCUGAUCUAACCGGAAUGGACAGCCUCACUAAUUUGGACUUGAGUAAUAACAGUUUUGAUGCUACAGAAGUUCCACAAUGGCUUCCUUCCUUACAGUCAUUGACUACACUAAUGAUGGAAGCUGCCGGACUUGAAGGACAACUUCCUCUCGAAUUAUUCGACAUCCCUCAAUUACAGAAUGUGAGAUUGAAAAAUAACAGGAUUAAUGGCACUUUUGAACUUAGCAGUAGCUACAGCAGAAAAUUGCAAAGCAUUGAUCUGCAAAAUAAUUCCAUCACUGCAGUCACAGUGGGACCUGGAUACAAUUUCACUUUGAUAUUAGAAGAUAAUCCGUACUGUCAAAACGCUGAUGCAUCGUCAUCUUUCUGCAAAAGUCGGGGGGAUCUUGGUUCCUCGUAUACUAAUCCGAUAUCUUGUAUUCUUCCACGCUGUUCUUCGGAGCAAAUUCCUAGCCCCACUUGCAGAUGUGCAUAUCCAUUUACCGGAACUUUGGUAUUCCGAGCUCCACCAGCAUUUGGGAACACACAUUUUUUCACAAAUCUGCAGCAGGAUCUUUUGCAAAAACUUGGAAAAUUCGGACUGCCUGUUGAAUCUAUUUCUUUGAGUGAUGUUUCCGUGGAUCAAUUUGGUUACCUUAAUAUGCGCCUUGCAGUAUUUCCGGCUGUGCAAGAUCAUUUCAAUAGAACGGGAGUUUUCUCGCUAGCUUUUGUGUUCAGCAACCAGACUUACAAGCCACCAAAAGAGUAUGGUCCAUACGUUUUUUAUGCUAGUACCUACACACAAUUUGGAGGAGCAUCACGAAGUAAUAAUCAAUCGCGUACAGGUAUUAUUGUUGGUGCUGUUAUUGGAGGUUCUGUUCUUUUGUUGCUCUUACUAUGCGCGGGAGGCUAUGCAUAUCAUCAAAGGAAGAGAGCCGAAAAGGCGAAGCAGCAAGCCAAUCCAUUUGUAUCAUGGGAAUCACAUGGAACUGGAGGUGAUGUUCCUCAAUUAAAAGGAGCAAGGUUUUUUACAUUGGAAGAGUUGCAUAAAAGUACAAACAAUUUCUCUAAAGCCAACAACAUUGGUUCUGGGGGUUAUGGGAAGGUUUAUAGAGGAAUUCUUGCUGAUGGGCAGAUUGUUGCCAUUAAAAGAUCUCAGCAAGGAUCUAUGCAAGGUAGCCAAGAGUUUAAAAAUGAGGUCGAGCUCUUGUCAAGGGUUCACCAUAAGAAUCUUGUAAAACUCGUGGGAUUCUGCUUCGACAAAGGAGAACACACUCUGAUCUAUGAAUUCAUACCAAAUGGUACACUAAUGGACAGUCUUUCAGGGAAGUCGGGGAUUCAGUUGGACUGGCUAAGAAGACUAAUGGUAACCCUUGGUUCAGCUCGGGGGUUGCAGUAUCUGCACGAGCUUGCUGAUCCACCAAUCAUACACCGAGAUAUCAAAUCAAACAACAUCCUUCUCGAUGAACGAUUAAAUGCAAAAGUUGCCGACUUUGGCCUCUCCAAGCUAUUUGGUGACGAUGAUCAAAAGGGUUACGUUACCACCCAAGUUAAAGGAACAAUGGGCUAUCUAGAUCCCGAAUACUUUAUGUCCAACCAAUUAACCGAGAAAAGUGAUAUAUAUAGCUUCGGGGUAGUUAUGUUAGAAAUGGUAACCGGAAGAAGACCAAUACAAGACGGAAAAUACAUAGUAAAGGAGAUCAGAGAUGCAAAAGACGGAGGAACUGAUUUAUAUAGCCUUCAAAGUGUAAUGGAUCCAUUUCUCCUUACAAACACGACUUUACUCGCUGGUUUCGAGAAAUUUGUUGAUUUGGCACUCCAGUGUGUACAUGACGAGGGAGCUAUGCGACCCACUAUGGGCGAGGUGGUGAAAGAAAUUGAGCACAUCGUGCAGCUAGCGGGAAUGAACCCGAAUGCUGAUACUUCCUUGAGUUAUGAGUCGACCAGUGGAGGAAACUCGAUUCAUCCUUACUCUGAUAAUUCACUUUUCAACUAUAGUGGAAGUAUUUCACUUACAAGGCAUGAUUUACCUUAAAUCACAUGUUUAUAUUACUGUUUGAGUGAACUUUAAAUGAAAGUUGUAUACAAUAUACAUGAUCAAUACCAAUUUUUGCUACAAUUUUUUUCCUAUUCUUUAAUCUCCUUCUUUUGAGAAUUAGUUUUUGUGGGCUAAAUGGGUUGUAUUUGUAUUGGAUUUUGGAUUGAUUGAAUAUAUUUGGAUGUUAAGAGUUGAAUGAAAUCUUGUCCAACUUGAAAAUAUUUGGUAAUUAUAAGUCUGCCCAUUUUAUUUGAAUGGAUUUCACUGCAAAAAGACAUGGUGCUAUGCUGAUUAGAC